AAAUGAAGCGUGUUGAGAGAAGCUUGUACAACUCCCAACUGGGUUGAUUGGACUUACGAUUGGGAAAGCUUGUUUGUUCAAGUAAAUUCAAUCAACACUGAAUCUUGCGAAACUUUGAAAUACGUCAUUGGAUUUCACUUAGAUCUUGUGAUGACGGCCUCUUCGCAAAACUCAUGCUUAAAUAGCUUCGAUAUUCGCAAAACAAGUCCAGAUUCUGCUAAAGAAGGUCCAAGUGGUUCCUCUCGACAACCAGCUUUCAAUGCAUAUCCCCUUGAAUCUUCACCUAAUUUGCUUAUUCCAACAAAUGAUGUGAUAUAUAUGCCAUUAAAUCCCACAAAUGUGCCUUUGUCGCUACAACGUGCAUGUGCCUCCAAUGAGACUGUAGGCGGUGAUACACAGAGUUACAGUCAUCCAAUAUGCCAUGGCUUCAUUUUUCCAAACUCAGAAGUAAGUUCAAAUGAUGCUGAAUUUAACCAGAUAAACAUUCCGAGUAUGCAAAAUCAUAUCAAUGAUGUUCCUUACAGUAUUCAGAGCCAGAGUUCGAGCAACGUGGACACAAAUGCCCAAAAACAUCUUCAACUCCUGUUGCUUCAAAAGUUAAUUGAGUUGCAGCUUGCUGAACAUUAUAACUCAAUUAAAGACACACUAAUACUAACUAAAGACUCCAAUAAUGAGUCUCAAAACCCUAAAUUACUGCCAUGUUUUGUCAAAAACUCUGACUUUGAUGCAAGUUCCAACCCAGUUUCAACUGUAAAUAACGAAAACUCAGAUAUGUCGACAUUUUUGGUCCCUGUUAAAGCCAAGUUUGAGGGCGAAAGUGGUUUGUCUUUACACAUAACUCCAAAUGACGAAAUCAGUAAUCCGACCCAAGGAAGUCCAGUUACCGUAGCAUACUCGAGUCAACCCAUCGUCUUAUAUCCAUUUUCUGUUCAACAAGAUAAUUCUACGGAAGAUACAUUCCCAGCCAGCCAAGCCGUGCCUGAUGCGUCCCCAGGUGGACCAACUGCUCAAACAUUUACGAUGAAGGACAUAGAUCACUGUAUACGGAGAGGUUCUCUGGAUUUCCCUUCUGAGCCAAGCAAUGACAUAGUUGAGAGUAUACGAGGUCGUACGAGACCAGGGUUUGUAUUGUUAAGCGUUCGGCAUGAAAAAAUCAACGCAGAAAAUAAGAUUUCACCAACUUCUGAGAAACAUUUCCAGGGCAGUCAUCCUCCUAUUUCAACAUCAGCCAGCCUUGAAACAAAGAAGUCGAAAAGUGUCACCAUGUCUAAAAAACUACCUAGAAAGAGAUUGAAGCAUAUGAAAAGCGAUGCAGAACUCAAAAAGCGCCCCUUAAGAGGUUCGUCUAAAUCUCUCCUAAAACGCUCUGAAAACGCUGAAAUGUCUCCGACUCCGGUAGAACUUACGGAGGAUGAUCUUAAAACUUUAUCUCCACAGUCAAGAUUUCGAGUGACUAGGUUCGCAGACAAAAAGCAAGCCUGGAUAGCUCCUGCAAAGGCAGGAUUCACUGUCCAUGAUUUAUGGACAACUAAACUUCCGGAAUAUGUGUUAAGAUGUGCCGAGCACCUAAAACUAUCAGGCUCUGGUUUAAACUUACAACAAGAAAAACUUACUGAAAUCCCAUAUUCGUUGGACGACAUUAUAAACGGACAUUGUUUGGCCUGUGAGAAGUCACCUCUUCGGACGUCUAGUUUUUAUUGCCAGCCUCCGUCUUCCUGGACAUUCGAUAUAGCUGAUAAUGCAUACAAGCCUUAAAAAUCCCAUAUGUUAUCAAACCUGGACGUUUGAUAGAUCCGCGCAUUUAUUGACUCUUCGUCCGAGCCUUUUGGUUAUGUGCAGAUUGCCUGGCUGAGUUUAACGCAAUUACCGCAACUAAUCUUUUGAGACUCUGUAUAUUAGGAGAUAGAAUCGGUUUGAAUUGCUCAGGCGCACUCACUUGUUUCUGCUUUAUAUCCCAGGUUUCUGAUCUAGCACAUAGUUUCCUGUAUUUUUACAAAUCAAUUUCAAGAAUUUCAUCUCGAUGUACCUAUAUAGUAAGCUAAAUAAUACAAUUAGAUUAUGAGACGAAAAGUUGCUUGGUUUACUGUCAUUCUUUCAGAUAAAUACAAUAACAGAACAAGUUAUUUGUUAUAUGGUUUUUAUUUCCAAACCGAUUCAACAAUUUUUUUUGUCUUUUAAAAUUGAUUUCUAGAAUUCAGAUACCUAAAUGUAUGUUGUCAAGAGUAUUUGCUCAAAAAAAUAAAUAAAUAAUAAAUUAUACAUCUAAAUAAUAUGCUUCAAAAGUGAUGAAUUUUGUUAUCCUUUUAUUUCAUGUUCUUUAUAUAUACAGUAAAUUGGUACCAUACAAUAUAAAACCUAUAUGCAUAAUGAAUUUAAAUCUAUUUUUUAAGCUCCUUGAAUAUUUCUUCUUUUCUAUUGAUGAUGUAAUUGUUCUUUAAGCAUUAUCUAUUGGAUAAAUGAAAAAAGAGUAAGAUGAUUACUUUUAAACAUUUCAAUAAAUUCAAUGUAUGAAUACUAUAGACUACUUAUAUAAUGUCAAUAUAUUUAUUUUAAUAUCGUAAAUAUAUUAUUUUAUUAGAUGUAAUAUUUUCUUUUUAUUAUUAUUAUUAUUAUGAUUAUUGUCUUUCAAUAAGCCUUUGAUUUUUCAUAUUUUGAUUUCCGAAGAAAAAAAAUAUUUUUUUUUUCAUAUAUAUGUACACGAUUGUAUAGCUUGACAAUAACUUCGUUGAAAAGAGAUCCUUUCGCUGAAAUUCGUGGUUUUUAAUUCUUCAGUGAAUUUCUUUCUUUUUUUUCUUUUCUUCUUCUUCUUCUUCUAGACUCAUAGAUAAAUUGUAUUUAAAAUAAAAUAAAGAAUUUCCCUAAUAUUACAGAUUAUCAACUUAUUAAGAUGAUAAUUGUAUUAUAUAUGGAUCCAAUGUACAAAUUAUGAAAUAAUUAUUCAAUAAAAUAAUAAAUAUUAUUCAUAAUUAUAUUUUGUUGAUAAUAUUUAACAAUUUUUUUAAAAUUUAAUAUUUUAUUCAUAAAAAAUUAUAUUCAUUUUCAUUGGAAUUUUCGUUUCAAA